GCACAGAAUUUCUGGGAGACUGCUGCGACUGAUAAGAAAAGCAUGGCCACAGCGACGAUGGCGAUUUUCACGUUGACGUCACCUUCGCUGAAGCUUCUCAAGCGCUCUGACUUUGUAGAAUUUCAGAGUCUCCAUCCUUGUGUACAGAUAUACCAUCAUGCAUCGUUAACCAAGUUUGGCAACACAACAACCAUUAAUAGAUGCCACAGGUGUUUUGAUGGUUCUAGGGAAUCAAUUACCCCUAGCUUCUCUAAGCAAUAUCUGCAACAUUUAGCCAAAUCAGUAUCUGCUGUUCGUUCAGUUACUAUAUCAGGUUUGGAGGCAUCGAUAGCAGAUCCAGAGGAAAAUGCAGUACAUGUUAAAAAUGCGAAGAUUGUUGUUGAGUCUCGAGAUGAUGCUAAGCUACAAGUAAGAGUCGAUUUGGGAGGAGAGGAAACCAGAUUAGUGUUUGAGAAGGUUUUAACUAAUUUAGCCCGUGCAGCUCCACCUGUUCCUGGAUUUCGCAGACAGAAGGGAGGGAAAACAUCAAAGGUCCCAAAAGAUUUUCUACUUCAAAUGCUUGGUGAAGAACGUGUUACCAACUUUGUCAUACAGGAAAUUGUUAGCUCAACCUUGGCUGACUACACAAAGAAGGAAAAUCUAACAGUGAAGGGCAACAAGAUUAACACUAUACAGACAGCUGAAGAACUCAGAUCAUCGUUUGUUCCUGGAAAAGAAUUUGGAUUUAGUGCUACACUAGAGCUUGAAAUAUUGACAGCCGAAACAUCUAGCCAAUAGCCUUGGAGAGAAAAACUCCGAUGUGGUCGAAUUCUUUCAUUGCAGUAGUCACUGUUCUUCUCUAUCCAUUGUGUUAUCUAUUCAUUCUUCUUUUUUUGGUUAAAUGACGAGAACGCAAGUAGGCUGUACCCCACCUUCUCACAAGAAACAUUGCAUCGCAUUUUCUUGUAUUCUUCAAGGCCGCCCUUGCAUCUAUGUCCAGUUUAAGCUUGAUGGUCCGUCAA